AUGUUUCCAGCAUUCAAAUAUUGUGCCAUAGACUACUUACAUGAGCAUGUAGUUAGAAAGAAGUCUUGCAUAGAUGCUUUUCUGCUUCGAAUCCCUUCAUGUUUGUAUGAAGAUGAAAGUUAUUAUUUAGGAGUUACUGAUAAUAAAUUUAGGAUGCCGUGGACAAGAGUCUCAGCUAUUCCGGUUUGGGGAAUGACAGAUAACUCCAUCUUUGAUCAAUGGAAAGCAAGUCUCGCUGUGGAGGAUUUCCUUGAGAAAAAAACAAUUACUGGAACGGUGACCCAAAUUAAUUGUAACUUUGAGGAAAUUGUUCCAAGUUCAAAUCCAAACUCUCAGACUGAAUUAGAGGAAGCCAGUUUAUAUACCCACAAGGACUACAAUGAAGUCUUUACACCUAUCAACUGUUCAGAAAAAUGUCCAGCACUUCCAGUACAGUACCAAGAUUUAUGUAUUGAUGAAGAAGAAAUAAUAUUUUUAAAUAGAUUAAUGACUUAUAAAAAUCAUCUACCAUCUUUGCAUACUCUCUUGAGUAGACUAAAACUAUAUUUGGUAACGGACCCCCUUUUAGAUUUUAAAGAAAAGAUCUUCACAGAAGCUAAUUUUCCCAGGGAAUGCUUCUCUUUUCAAGAAGAUCUGGAAGUUUUUGUGAAAGAAGACUUGUGUAUGUAUGAAGAGAACUUUUGUAAGGAGAAACUAGAAGAUACAUUUUUCCUGUUAAGUAUGAAUUCUUUUUUUAAGGGUCAAUUCUUAUUAUCUACAAUCUUCAGACAAGAAACUGAUAUUCCAUCACCCUCAGAGCAGAAGGAGCCAUUAAAUUUAAUGCCAGAAAUAAUAAAUUAUGUAGAUGAAAAUGAAAAGCUUUUCGAAAGAGAUCUUACUACCAAGCAUGGAGUUGACAUUGAGGAUACAUUGAUAAACUGCUGCUCCACAGAGAUCUUGACCAUCCAAAGCCAGAGUGAACCAGAGUGCAGUGAACCAGAGAGCUGUGAAUCAGAUCUUACUACCAAGCAUGGAGCUGACAUUGAGGAUAAAUUGAUAAACUGCUGCUCCACAGAGACUUUGACCAUCCAAAGCCAGAGUGAACCAGAGAGCUGUGAAUCAGAUCUUACUACCAAGCAUAGAGUUGACAUUGAGGAUAAAUUGAUAAACUGCUGCUCCACAGAGACUUUGACCGUCCAAAGCCAGAGUGAACCAGAGUGCCAUGAACCAGAGAGCUGUGAAUCAGCAUGGCUAGAACAUAAAAGUAGUUCCUCAUCUCUUAUACUUAUUAAUGAGAAAUCUACAAAUGAUCUUUUAUCACCUCCACAAAAGAUUCCAUCACUGACAAAAGAAGUACCAGCUCUUUGUUUUUCUGAUGAAUAUAUCUCUGUUAAAAGACCAACAAAAGAAGAAAAACCAAAGAAUGAUCAAGAACUAGUUGAUGAAGUGUUCCAAAAGAAAGAAACUAAAGAUCACUUUGAACUUGAGUUUACAGUACCAUCUACGGAAUCAUUUCCUUCCUUAAGAAUUAAAAAAGCACCUGCUGAACAUGGUAAAAAACAAAAGAAUGAUUUGGAUCUUUUGAGUGACUUCAUGAUGCUAAGAAAUAAACAUAAGACUUGCAUUUCAAAGACUAAAGUCACAGAGAGCAAUAAAAAAGAUGAUAAGGAAGAAUGUUCUUUGACUUGUCAAGAAGAAAGUCUUAUUAUUUGUACUAAUAAAACUCUGGAGAGAACAAAUCAGGAAAGGGGAACAAAUAAUGUCAUUGAAAUUCAAGCAUCAGAUAGUCAGUGCCAAGCAUACUCUCUCCUAGAAGCAGCAGCUGCUCCUGUCUUAAAAAAACUUGUAUGCCUCUGUACUCUCCCUGCUGCUCAUUGGAAAUUUGCCAUUGUUAUUUUCGACCAAACAAGGUUUCUUUUAAAGGAACAAGAAAAAGUAGUAAGUGAUGCUGUUCACCAAGGUGCAAAUGGUGAAAGUGAAAUAGCAUUCAAGUAUGCUGCCCUUAUACACCUUCUGGUAACAAUCAGAGAUGUCCUUUUAACAUGCAGCUUGGACACAGCAUUGGGAUAUUUGUCAAAUGCAAAAAAUAUCUACAAAAGCAUUUUAGGCUCCUAUUUGGAUGCUAUUUGGAGGCAGCUGGAGAUUGUACAGUUUAUAAGGGGAAAAAAGCCUGAAACCAACUACAAAAUACAGGAAUUGCAAUGUCAGAUACUAAGUUGGAUGCAAAGUCAACAGCAAAUUAAGGUGCUGAUAAUACUAAGAAUGGACUCAGAUGGUGAAAAAUAUUUACUCACUAAAAUCCUUAGUAAAAUGGAAGGUUUAGCAUUGACUGUCCUUCAUCAAAAUGAAAGAAAAGAUUUUCAGAAAUCUGAAAGUGUUCUGAAAGGUACAAGUUCCUGUGUAGUUGUACAUAAUCAACAUAUUGGAGCAGAUUUCCCCUGGAAUAAUUUCUCAUUUGUGGUGGAAUACAAUUAUGUGGAAAACACUUGCUGGACUAAACACUGUGAAAAGUUGAAUAUUCCUUACAUAGCCUUUAAAGUGAUUCUUCCAAAUACAGUUUUACAAAGAAGCACCUUGCUAGAUAGAUUUGGUGGUUUUCUUCUGGACAUUCAUAUUCCAUAUGUAUUUUUUGCAUCUGAAGGACUUCUUAAUACUCCAGACAUACUUCAGCUGUUAGAAUCUAACUAUAAUAUCACAUUAGUAGAGAGGUGCUACAGUGAGUCAUUGAAACUCUUUGGAAGUACAGAACGUUAUAUAGUGGUGACAAUUGAUGAACAUACUGCUAUAAUUUUGCAGGACCUAGAAGAAUUGAAUUGUGAGAAGGCAUCCGACAAUAUCAUUAUGAGACUGAUGGCAUUAUCAUUCCAAUAUAGCUACUGUUGGAUAAUUUUAUAUACUAAAGAAACAUUAAAUUCAGAGUACCAACUUAGAGAAAAGAUACUUCAUCACCUAGCACUGAUUUAUGCAGCUUUGGUUUCAUCUGGGCUAAACUCUGAAGAACUAGAUGUUAAGCUUAUAAUUGCCCCAGGAGUAGAAGAGACAGCAUUGAUAAUUCGACAAAUUGCUGACCACAGUUUAAUGACUUCGAAGAGAGAGCCUCAUGAAUGGUUGGAUAAGUCCUGGCUUGAAGUUUCACCAUCUAAGGAAGAAAUGUACUUACUUGAUUUUCCAUGUAUUAACCCACUGGUGGCUCAGCUCAUGUUAAAUAAAGGACCUUCCCUGCAUUGGAUAUUAAUAGCAACUUUGUGUCAACUUCAGGAACUCCUACCUGAAGUUCCAGAGAAAGUGUUAAAGCAUUUUUGUAGCAUCACUUCCUUAUUCAAGAUUAGUUCUUCUUCCACAACAAAAUCACCUCAAAUUUCAUCACCAUGGGAAAAUAGGAAUCAGAGUGGUACCUUCACUUCUCAGAAUUCAGCUUCUGAUUCUUCUGACUCUAUCAUUCAAGAACAUGAUGACUAUUACCAAUAUCUGGAAUUAGAAGAGACAGUACAGGAACACAUAAACACUACUUCAAAUUAUAACUCUUCCUUUAUGGAACUAAAAGAAAUGCCAUACAUUUCGCCAUCUGUGACUUCAUACAAUCAGACUAGCUGCUGGAAAGACUCUACUUAUAACCCUAAUAUAGUACAGAAUAAUAAUCCUUUUCUAGUUGAUACAGACUCAAGGAAAGCAGCCUGUAACUCCUUUGUAACACAGAAUGAUUCAGAGUCAGAUAUCUUUUCUUUGGGCCUAACACAAAUUAACUGUGAAACUGUAAUAUCACCAAUUGACAUUCAGAAGAGAGUUGUUCCGAAUUUUAUACAGGAUCAGAAAAAAGGAACACAUGAAGUAAAAGGACUCAUAAACAAAGAAGCAUCAGCCCCUGUCUUUCCACCAGAAAGCUCUCAAUCUCUUCUUCAUUGGAACUCUAAGAAAAAUGUAUGGGAACAAGAGUAUGACUCGUUCAACUUGAAUAAUGGUACAGAGCAAAGUACACGUGACAAAUGGUACCAUCAGAAAGAUCAUUUAUUCACUACUCAGCAAAAAUGUCUGUUGGAUAAGUUAGAAGACUUCACAUGUGAAAGUUCAACUGUUGGGACUAAAAAGACUUUCUGGAGAGAAUUACCAUCUGUCCCCAGUUUGGAUUUACUUUGUGCUUCUGGGUCUAAUGUAAAUCCAAAAGAAUUAAAUAGACAUUCUUUCUACCAAAGAGCCAGCAAGUGUGUAGGACAGAAAAGGCACCCUGAAUCUUCAUCUAACUCAAGAGAUGAGGAAUCAUCAACAGGUUUCAUGUCCUCACAACUACCACAAUUCAAAAAACAGCGUCUUAUGUAUGAAAAAGUCCCUGGUAGAGCUGAUGGACAGACUCGGCUUAAGUUUUUUUGAAGGAGGGAAAUAACAGUGCUACAUGCCAUGUUCCACUGCUUUUGAUGAUAACCUAUUAGCAAAAUUACUUAGAUUUGUUCAUACAUAAAUAAAAAUUCUAUUAUUCACAUAUGUUCUUGGU